AUGCGCUUAUAUAACCGGCUCCAGAUUGAAAAACCACAUAAGUAUUCACCUGGUCAAGAUGAUCAAAUAUGCCUUGUGAAAAAAGCGAAAAACGUCGGGGGAGUAGGAAGGAUUGUCGACAAGUAUUGUCCGAACAUAUCCCCAGAAAACCGCUUAGGGAUUUGUAUCAACCCAGAGAAGGUUAGAUUGAUUCCGAAUUUCAAUGAUCCUUAUACAUGGGAUGUGUCGACACCAAUACAGCACAUGUUUACGAAACAAUUGAGUGAACACCCAAUUUCAGCUGUCAGACUUCUGAGUAAGGAAGUGGGGAAAUCAUUUCAAGCAAUACCUUCUCGUAAUGUGUAUUUCUGUCGAUCGACAUGUCCAUCGCUUCCUAGACUCGGUAUGGAAAACGACAACUUGAAGGAAGAGUUGACUAUACAAAAUAUUCAGAUGGCAGCCGCAUUAGAGAAGGAAACUUUGGAAGCGGAGAUCAGCGCCCUCAGACUAUCCAAAGAGAAUUUGGAAGCAAGGAUUGAAAUUUUGGAGCAGGAUACUUGCUACUGGAGAAUACUUGCUGGAACUUACCAAGAAAAUAUGACUCGGUAUCAUCAAGUGCUUGCCGAUGCGCUUUCAAAGUUCCCAUUCUGGGAACCUGAUGCUGUAAAAGUGAAUUCAGUCAGUUGA